AAUGUUUGUACCCCUGAUCCCUGAUAGGACGUUUGUCUGCUACUAGAUGCAGCUGAUAAUUGUCAAAGUGAAAAUAAGAGGAAACAUUGCAUUGGAACGAUGGACGGUGGUCAGUCAAAAAACACAGAUUCGCAGUUUAUAUCAUUCCACGAUUUUGCACCGAUAAGUCAGGCUGGUAAUGCAGAGGGACAGUUGGGUACCGGACCUUCUACUCAUCAGCCAUUUAAUAACCUCCCCAAUGAUUCCACUGGUAUCGGUAUUAUAGAGGAUCUACAAGGAAUACCCAGUAAAAACGAAAAUAAUUCUCAACACAGCUUUUGGACGAUCGAAUAUUACCAAAAGUUCUUCAACGUCAACACAAACGAUGUCUUGGAACGACUUAAGCGAUCCAUGAUACCACAUGGUAGCGAUAAUUAUUUUAUAACGCACAUCAAACCAAACCCAGAUUUAUAUGGACCUUUUUGGAUAUGCAUGACUCUGGUCUUCUCCAUUGCAAUUAGUGGCAACAUUGCGAAUUACUUUGCAUCUGUUGGUUCUACUAAUUUUCAUUGGAAAUAUGAUUUUCAUGUCGUUUCAUAUGCAGCCACUUGUAUAUUUAUAUAUGCAUGGCUUCUACCAUUAGCCCUAUGGGGUGCGUUAAAAUGGACUAAUAGUUCAAGAAAUACUGAAGAGGAAUUGAUCGAGUCUUACGCUACUCCAAGAUUACUGGAACUUUUGUGUCUUUAUGGAUAUUCUCUAACUAUCUAUAUCCCAGUGACAUUUCUGUGGACAAUUCAAAUCAGCUGGUUGCAAUGGUGCUUGGCUAUAGUAGUGACACUUUUAUCUGGAGGAGUCUUGCUACGAUCAUUAUUACCAGUCAUUGCAGGUAAACAUCGAAUAAUAUACGUUGCCGUGAUUCUGGGCAUGCAUCUGGUAUUGACAGCAGUAUUUAUGCUGUACUUCUUUCACGAGCCAGUCAGAAGCACUAUACCAGCCACGAAUGAACUGAUGGUUUCCACCGUUCAAGCCAACGUGUUGCAUGUAGCCAACGUGUCGCAAAAUGACAGCCAUAAUGCAGCGACAAUCUCGACAUCUUGAAACGUCCAGACGCAGGUCCAAGGAUAUAAACGGUCGCCAAGACUAGAGUAUUACUGAAAGAGAAGGACUACUCCUCUCUCUCGUGCACGCUUACGUGCGCGUAUAUAUCAAACAUGAUUUUAUUUAAAAGAACAUCACUCCGCCGCGUGUUUCCAGCAAUCGACGCGCGGGAUGAAACGUACAUGAUAAGCAUUAUGUUUUCGUUACUCGUGUAGACUUAGUAUUUAUACUGUAAUUAUGUGAAUUAUUACCGUGCACUGAGAAUAAAAAAGGAAUAUGUACGCA